GCAGUGGUGGCGACGGACCAGCAGACUCUAGAAAACGCAGGGUAAAGCGGAGCGCCGAUGGCCACAGCGCGACUACUGCUCCGAAGCGCCUCCCUGCUCCCCCUCCGCCGCUCGCCCCUGCACUCGUCCCGCUUCCAGCCCCGAGCCGCCAUGGCCUCCGAUGCCGCCAGCCAGUUCCAGAAGAUCCAGAUCCAGCGCGAGGACACGACGUUUGAUGCCUAUGUUGUUGGCAAAGAAAACGCUCCUGGAGUUGUAGUGUUGCAAGAGUGGUGGGGUGUUGACUAUGAGGUCAAGAAUCAUGCCAUCCAUAUUUCCCAGAUCGGCGAUGGAUACAGAGCACUUAUUCCAGAUUUGUACCGUGGGAAGGUUGCUUUGGAGGUAGCUGAAGCACAACAUCUGAUGGAAGGACUAGACUGGCAGGGUGCAAUCAAGGAUAUUCAGGCUUCAGUUAAAUGGCUGAAGGAAAAUGGAUCACCCAAGGUUGGUGUUACUGGUUAUUGCAUGGGAGGUGCUUUGGCAAUUGCAAGUGGAGUUUUGGUCCCAGAGGUUGAUGCUGUUGUUGCUUUCUACGGGACGCCAUCUUCGGAGCUUGCUGAUGCUUCCAAGGCCCAGGCUCCAAUCCAGGCUCAUUUUGGGGAGCUUGACAGUUUUGUUGGGUUUGCAGAUGUUACCGCGGCCAAGUCUUUGGAGGAGAAGCUCAAGGCUUCUGGAGUGGCACAUGAAGUCCACAUAUACCCUGGAUGCUCCCAUGCCUUCAUGAACGCAUCGCCUGAGGCCGUCAAGAGGAGGAAGAGCAUGGGUUUGACUGAUGAGAAUCAGGGAGCCAUUGACCUGGCAUGGUCCCGCUUCUCCACUUGGAUGGGUCGUUUCCUGGGAUCUGCAUGAGCCAUUACCAUAUCUUCCAUAUGGUCUCUGAAUGAUGUAUGGGCGUGUGUCGGCUCGGAAGAAUAAAAUGUUUGGGCGCAAUAUGUAGCCAGUGCCCAAUCUAGACACGCAGUGUGUUUGUGUUAGUAGUACUAUAUUCCAACUCGUCAUUGUUUUGCCAGAAUAUCUUGAGGUACUUGAUUGGAGUGGAAAUGAAGCACUUACACUUGCGACUUUGCGAGCAUGUCA